AUGGCUGCGCCAAUGGAUAAGGCGGAAGUCUCCGCCAGUGAAGAUCAUUCACAGAACGGCGGCAGCGCCAAACAUGAGAGGGAACACGAGGAAGAUGCUCCUCCGCUCAAGCUAGACCCUCGUGGCCUUCCAUUGUCGCCUCAGCCCACCGACGACCCCAAAGACCCGCUCAACUGGAAUCGCUGGUUGAAGCUAAUGGUCCUGGCUGAGGUCUCUCUCUUCUCCUUUCUGGCCUUGUUUAGUGCCUCGUUGAUCACGCCAGCUUUUGUUCCUUUGUCAAUUUUCCUCCACAAGGAUCUCGUCACAACUGCCUACGUGACCAGCACUUUUAUUCUCCUGGCCGGUGUCUCAACCAUCGUAUGGAACCCGAUCGCAAACGUCUAUGGCCGCCGGCCGGUCUACAUCUGCACCGUGGCUGCUGCCGUGGCCUUUUGCGGUGCUUCCGGCGCGGCUAAGAACUACGGCACCCUCAUCGCCUUGCGCUGUCUCAAUGGCUUCUUUGGCGGCGUGCCCCUAGGCUUGGGCAGCGCUACCGUCUGUGACAUGUUCUUUGCCCACGAACGAGGGCUGUACAUGGGCGUCUAUACCAUCAGCUUCUUGACCGGUGGCCACAUCGCGCCUCUAAUCGGUGGCUACAUCGAAAAGAACUUGAGCUGGCACUGGUGCUUCUAUGUUCCGGCCAUACUGACGGGAGGAAUCCUCGUCAUCUUCAUCUUUACUGUCCCGGAAACGCUCUACUCUCGCACGCCAGAGGCUGUAGCACGCCCCUCACAGUCUUGGAAGUCGAACAUGCUUAUGAAGCGAAGGGCACAUCCUACACGACGAGUCAAGCUUGUGGAUUUCUUCCGGCCGUUUCAGAUGAUCAUGUACCCGAGUGUGUUGCUGCCAACGUGGUGCUACUCGAUUUCUUUCGCCUAUGGAAGCAUCCUCUUCAUCAUAACUAGCGCGAACCUCUUUGGUAGAAUCUACCACUUUCAGCCCCAGCAAACAGGGCUUCUGCUGGGUAUUCCCAUCACAGUUGGUAGUCUUAUUGGCGAGCUGUUUGCUGGAGGCAUAUCCGACUGGAUCAGUGAGAAGAGAGCCAUACGUCGCGGAGGCGAGCGCAGCCCUGAGGAUCGUCUUCUAGGCAUCAUUCCCGCUGCGGUGCUAACGCCUCUCGGCAUCAUCAUCGAAGGAGUCUGCCUGGAAAACAAGACUCAUUGGAUUGGAGUGGCGUUUGGAAUUGCCAUUGCCAGCUUCGGAUUGCAGGUUGUUACCACGGGCGUUUAUACGUAUACGGCAGAGUGCUACAAGCCUCAAUCUCCCGAGCUUGGCUCGUUGAUUAACUUUGGAAGACAGGUGUACAGUUUCACCAUUGGCUUUUACUCGAUCCCUUUCUCAGAGAAGGUAGGGAUUCAGGAUGCCUGGAUCACCCUGGCGUUUGUCGCUUUUGCCUUUUACCUGCCUCUCAUUCCGCUCUAUUUCAAGGGUGCGGAAUGGCGGAAACGUCUUGGUAAUCCUACCUUUCACAAGGAUUUAUAA